AUGGCGUGGAAAGCACCACUGAAGGCUGCUGGUUUCAGCAUUGACCAGUGGGGAUUUCCAGAGAUGCUGGCAGCGAUCCGUGUUCAUCAUGCACAGCCCGGCAUCAAGACCCUCUCCGAGGAGAUUGAGAGGCAGCUUCGAUUUCAGCCUGGAGAUCUCUUUGGAUCCAAGGCUGGAGCAAUGAAGCAAACGUCUUCUGCGGCCGAAGCUGCUGCAGUCACGGAGGCGGAGGUGCAGGCACACACGUUGAUGCUUUCUGGCAUCGAAGGUUCCGAAGUCGAAGAGACUUGUAAGAGCUCCGCGUGGUUGGCUUCAGGUCACCGUCACGCAUCCCACCGAUCGGGAUUCCGUCGUGCAAGCCUGAGUUGGUCGCAAGUCUUCACAGAUGUCAGUGGUUGCACCCAUGAUAUCCCACUACGACGGUUUCGUGUGGCGAGCAGUUGCUGA